CCAACGUCCCCGAAAUACAACCCCAGAGUCCCGACGACACAACGCGGAACCACGAAACUCCGGAACUAAACACACGUGUUCACAAAUGUGUCCGGAAUCUUUUUCGUGUAACACCGAUCUGGAUGCGUGUGAAUUUCCAGCGCCGAGAUCUGUCAAGCUGAGGAGUUUAGUCAUCAUGAAACGUCUAUAUAUCGGUGGCCUGAGCCACACCAUCACUCAAAAGGAUCUGAAAGACAGAUUUGGUAAAUUUGGUGAUGUUCAGGAUGUGGAACUCCGGACCCGGAGAGAUGAUGAAGGAGUUCCUUAUAAAACCUUUGGAUAUAUCAAUUUAGAAAUUACUGAUGCUGGUUUUAAGAAAUGUAUGACUGUGUUGAACAAGUCCAAAUGGAAAGGUGGAACAAUACAAAUUGAGCAGGCCAGAGAAACCUUCUUACAGAAAUUAGCUCAGGAGCGUCAUGAAGCUGCAGAGAAGAUCCAAUCACCAAGCGUCAACCACAAAGACAAACUCGUGGAGUCUAUGAAGGAGGCAGGAGUGGAGAACUUCCACAUGAAGGCAGCUGUUCCUGGGACAGAGAUACCUGGGCACAAGGAUUGGGUUGUGAGUAAAUUUGGACGAGUCCUCCCGGUUCUUAAUCUCAAGUGCCAAGGAAGGAACAAGUUCAUCAAAUAUGAUCCAUCGAAACACAGCCACAACAUCAAGAAACUAGAGAGUUCAGCUGAGGUUCCAGACCCAACGCCCGUGUCCCAACUAACGUGGGAAAUAUCAGGCGGCGACGACGACAUCAGUAAGAAGAGAAGAGGAGAGUUCCCACCGCAGAAAACACCACUUGCUAAAAAGAAGAAAGACCGUCCAAACCAAGUCGUUGCAAACGGACAGUCCGACCGUGUGAAGUCCUGUGGGACCUCGGAGAAAGGUCCAACGGUUCUGAAGUCUAACGGCGAAACCAGACCUCCAACUAAACCUAAACAGACACCGGCCUCUAAGAAACUCCAGACGCAGACCUCUGUGUGUGUUUUUGACAGUGGCGAUGACUCAGAUGGGGACAUUAGGAUGUUGGCACAGCGAAGUACCCCGGUGGACGGCCCGGUAGUAGAUGAGGAUGAAGACAACCUGGAGGUGGUAGGCGAUAACUACAUACCCAGAACAUUCCUUACCCAGCAGAAGAUUAAAGAUGUCUGCCAGCUUCCAGGGGGGUCUUCUGGGAAGAACGAGGAGGAUUAUGACUCAGCUGAUACUGAUGAGAUCCUCAACUCCAGAAAAACACCCAGCGGUACCAAGCAGGACCAACUGCCCGAGGUCAGUAAAACACAAGAGAAAGCUGAGGUGAAUAAGCAAACCAACAACCUGGAAACAGACAGAACGAAAGAAAAAAAGGCUAACAAAGUCCUCCCUAAAAAGGCUGUAAAGAAAGUCUUCCCUACAAAGAAGACCCCUUCGCCAGAGAGUGAUAGUGGUGAUGGUGAGGAUGAUGACUCGAAAGAAGAGCGUGAAGAUUCCUACUCUUCAAAAGCCAAAAGGACUUAUAACGUCCUCCCUAAGAAAAAGGCUAUUGAGAAAUCCACUACUCCUUCAGAAUCUGAUGAUGAUGAUGAUGAUUCGGAAGAAGAGAGUGAUUCUGACUCUUCAAAAACCCAAAAGACCGGCAAGAAGGUUGUCUCUAAAAAGAAGACCCCUACUUCAGAAUUAUCUUCUGACGAUAGUGAAUCAUAUGAAGAUACAUCUGAGGCGAGCGCCGAUUCCGAAUACGAAGCCAUGUUUACUAACUGUCAGAGGUUAGCGUUUUCACUGGACGAUCUGCAGCAGCUGGUUAAAGAAUCGUUUUUAAAAGGUUUAGACCGGGACAGUGACGAUGACGAUCCGGGAUCUGAUUCACAACAACCUGGACCAAACCGAGUGUCUGAGGUGCUAGGGAUGGAACCCCGGGUUACUGCCCCUGAGGCUCCUGUACCGCUGGCUAAGACGGGAAAUGGCAACACACCGGAGGAGAUUCUGGCGGCCAUCUUUGAAGAGGACAACAGCGACGAGGUGAGAGAGAAGAAGAAGAAGGGGAAGAAGAAAACAAAUCCGUCAACAUCUCUUCCUGCUUUCCAGGGGACCAAGGCUCUCUUAGCCACAUCGCCACAAAGUCUAAAAAGACAAGUUGAGGAGGACGGAAAAAUUAAGACGUCCACUAAGAAACAGAAACGUGACAGAUUAGUACCGUCUAAACCCAGUGCCUCAGAGGACGACGCCAAGACUGUGUCAAAACCCUCAGACACUAAAGGCACUAAAACUCGUCCUCCUAGCAGCUCGGACAGUGAAGAUACAACCAAGUCACCAGCCCUCAGACGGAAAACGACUUUGAAAGCCGAGCCAGGGAAGAAGUCCGUCCCAGCGGCCAGCUCUACAUCCAGCAGCAGUGGGUGCUCCAGUGUGGAGUCAGAGAUGGAGGAAGAUGUACCUGCUAAAAAGACUCAGAAGGCUGAGGUGUCUAAGAAGCCCCAGACUGCUGGUGAAGUUAUAGAUGCUAAGCAACAGGACAACCAGAAACGCCUAGCUGCUCAGGAACAGAGGCAGAAGGAGGCUGAACUACAGAAGAAGCUCAUCCAGGAGGCUCUGGCUAAACUGGAUUCAGCUGCUGAUGGGAAACAUCACAUCAAGUUCAGCUCUGAUGAGGAAGAGGAUGGCGACGAGGAAGAACAUACUUCCCCUGUACCUCCCAACCCCAAGAAGACACUGUUCCAGAACAGCCAGUCUGAUGAGGAAGACUCUAGUGAUGAAGAAUCACCAGCUCGAGGAAAGCCAGGCCUUAAAGACAAGGAAUAUAAGAAGCUGGCGGGCAGCAACCUGUUUGACGACGAUGAUGAUGAUGAUGAUGAGGAGGAGAAGGAUGGGGACAGGUUCCAGAUUAAACCUCAGUUUGAAGGAAAAGCUGGAGCGAAGCUCAUGCAACUGCAGUCGAGGUUUGGAACAGAUGAGCGUUUCCAGAUGGAUCGCAGGUUUAUUGACAGUGACGACGACGACGAACCAGAGAUGGAGUUGUCUCAGCCGGAGAGAGAGUGUGAGCUGGUAGAGGAGAAGAAGAAAAGUCUAGACAUCUUAAAUCAUCUCCUCAACAUCAACGUACAACCCUCUGACCCUAAUAAACCGACAGCUAAGGGCAAGGCGUUCAGAGAUAUCUCAGCGUUGCAGUAUGACCCAACCAAAGAGGAGCACGCUGCUUUUGAAACUAAGAACGACAAGCCCAAGAAAGACAGUAAACUGGCAAGGAAGAAGAAGCGGGAGGAGGCGGAGAAGCUGCCAGAGGUCUCCAGGGAGAUGUAUUACGAUGUGUCCAUGGAUCUGAAGGAGGUGUUUGGAACCUCCAAGGAGGAGAAAACAGAGGAGGAGGAGGAGGAGAAUGUGGCCUGGGAUAAAGAAGAGGAAGAGACCAGUCAGCCUAUGGCAGUCGAUCCAGUGACGGUGUCAUCUCACCUGUCAACAAAUGAGGGAGAGGCAUCGUCAGGCUUCAAGUUCUCGUUCUUUGGGGGUGACACGGCAGCCGACACCACCACUGAAAGGGAGGAGUACCGUUUCGAGACGCUCAAGGGGGCCAAGGUGUCAUGGCAGGUGGACCCUCGUUUCCAGGACAGCAGUGAUGAGGAGGAGGAGGAGGAAGAGGAGGCCAAGGAACAGACUGACACCACUACACCCACAGCAGAGCCGCUGGCGUCGAAGAAAGCUUUCUUCUUUUUCCGGCUCGACGAUGAACGGUUAAAAGAGGGGCCUAAAGCGUUCUGCAGGUCAUCCAAGCUGGAGGACCAAAGAGAGAUGUGGGAGGAGAAGAGGACGGGACUCAUAGAGGAGUACCGUAAAAAACACAAGGAUGCAAGAAGGAAGCUGAAAACCUCCCAAAGAAACUGAUACACGAGAUCCACAAGACAUUGAGAGAGAGAGAGAGAGAGAGAGGACCUCUCGUUUGACACCGUCUUACCUGACUCGAGUUGGGACGAACAACCAUGCUAGUCCCAAGACUUCUCCUCAGACCAUUUCAAAUCAUAUAGGGAUAUUACUUUUUUUUUUAUUAUGUGAAGUUCUUACCCUCCAACUGCAGUCGUGUUACCGGCAUAGUUUAGUUUGUAUUUAUAAAGAAACAUGGCCGUUUACCAAUAAAAACCAGCUCCAUUUUCCACCACCAGGGGACAGGGCCGUGUUGUUUUACCUCAGAUGGUGGUAUUGACUUCCUUGAGGUGGUGUGGGGAGACUGAAGGUGCCCCUAGAUGCUGGUCUCGGGUCAGUUUUUGAAUUUUCCCCCACUAAUUGUUAACAUUAGGAUUGGGGGAAGGGGAAGCUGAUCCUAGAUCUGUACCUGAGGGGAAACUUCACCCGGGAGUGAUCCAACUCCAUUUACAUUACAUAAUGAUGUGAAUCUGAUCUGUACUACAGAAUUGCAUGGUUGUAAUUGAUUUAUGUCUCUUUUUUCUAUGGAGAAUUAAAACUCAGAAUAUCUUUCGA